AUGUCGAUGUUAAACGCGCGACGUUUAGCUACUCGGUACGCACCUAAUGCUAUCAGGCUGCGAAGUGUGAGACAGGUGCCGGCUCGAUACCUGCAGAGCACAAGCAUGGCUGACAGGGACACGAUCACUCGUCUACUAUACUCGAUUGGUACCAAACGCGAAGUGGAAAGAUAUCUGAGGAUAUUCAGCGCCUCAUCCAAUCCCGCUGCGCCAGCAAAGUUCGCGGUGCUCAAGGUUGGGGGUGCUGUGCUCGACAAGAUUGACGAAUUGGCGCUAAGCCUCAGCUUCCUCUCCCGCGUUGGGCUUUAUCCUGUCGUUUUACACGGUGCAGGCCCUCAACUAAAUGAUAUUCUCGAAAACGAGGGUGUGAUUCCAGACUAUAUCGAUGGUAUCCGCAUUACUGACGCCAAAACACUUGGAAUCGCUCGCCGAGUAUUCCUUGAGGAGAACAUGAAACUAGUCAACGCCCUUGAAAAAUUGGGAACCCGAGCUCGGCCGAUAACCAGCGGCGUAUUUACCGCAGACUAUCUCGAUAAACCCAAGUAUGGACUUGUAGGAAAAAUUACUCGCGUAGACAAGCGCCCACUCGAAGCCUCCAUUCGUGCUGGUGCUUUGCCCAUCCUAACUAGUUUGGCUGAAUCUCCUGAAGGUCAAAUUUUAAAUGUUAAUGCCGAUAUUGCUGCUGGUGAACUCGCCAAGGAGCUCGAGCCCCUCAAAAUCGUUUAUCUCAACGAAAAGGGAGGCCUUUUCCAUGGUGUGACGGGAGAAAAAUUGGAUGAGUAUUCCGAGCUCAUGAAACAACCUUGGGUCAAAUUUGGCACCAAGCUCAAGAUUCGCGAAAUCAAAGAGCUUCUCGAUCACCUUCCUCGCUCCUCUAGUGUUGCCAUUAUCGCUGCCGAUUCCUUACAGAAAGAAUUAUUCACCGACUCGGGUGCCGGGACUCUGAUCCGUCGUGGAUAUAAAUUGUUCAAGGCCAGUUCGAUCGAGGAGAUUGGUGCAGACCGAUUGCGCCAGGUCAUUCACGACCGCGACCCUGAUAUCUUGGCUGGACUUUCAUCAGUUGCAGGCGUGCUUUCUGAUUUAAAAAAGGCUCCCUACACUAUUUAUGGAGACGAACCAUUUGAUUGUGUUGCCAUUGUCCAACACCCAGAAGGCGAGACGCCAGUUAUGACUAAGCUACUCCCAUCCAAGAAUGGUAUUCUGAACAACAUCACCGAUAACGUCUUCAAUUCGAUUCGCAAAGACCACAAACGCCUCUUCUGGACUGCUCGUGCCGAUGACGAGAAUCGUGCGUGGCAUUUUGAGCGUGCGGAUGGUAGCUUUACCAGGCAAGGCCGUAGCUUGUUCUGGUAUGGCGUGCAGGACGUCAGGGAAGUGGAGCGCAUUGUCAAGGGGUUCGAGGAGACUGGGCGCAUUGAGCGCGCAUAUCUCCCGGUUGGACCCAGCAUACCCCCUCACCGUGUUGCAUCAUCCGCCCCGAGCGGAACUCGUCCGUUCUCAACUUUUGCUAGGCCUCAUAUAAUUGGUACGACCGGGUUCGCCAGCCCUUCACGAGGAUAUGCUACCGCCUCCCCGGAGAAAAAGGUCGCCUUGAUUGGUGCCCGAGGUUUCACCGGCCAGGCCCUCAUUUCUCUCCUCGCAAACCACCCUUCCCUCACUCUUUCCCAUGUCUCAUCCCGUGAGCUGGCAGGACAGAGGCUCCCAGGGUAUUCCAAGUCAGAAGUUACCUACUCGAACCUAAGCACCUCGGACAUCGAGCGUAUGGCCAAGGAAGGUGAGGUCGAUGCAUUCGUUAUGGCUCUUCCCAAUGGAGUGUGUAAGCCUUUUGUGGACGCGAUUGAUAGGGGAAACAAGGAGGGUAGCCGUGACUCGGUGGUUGUUGAUCUUAGCGCAGAUUAUAGGUUCGAAGGAGCGAAUGGGUGGGUAUACGGUUUGCCUGAAUUAUACAACCGUGAAUCUCUCAAGGGCGCCAAACGAGUUUCUAAUCCCGGGUGUUAUGCAACCUCGACUCAGUUGUUACUUGCUCCCCUUCUACCUUACCUCGCGCUGGGAACUGUUCCUACUGUCUUCGGUAUCUCUGGUUUUUCCGGUGCUGGGACCAAGUCGGGCCAAAAAGAUCCCGCUAUACCAAUUCCGAAGGUCCCUGGAGAGAGUCUGAACGGCGGGAUUCGCCCAUAUGCCUUGACAGACCACAUCCAUGAACGUGAAGCGGGACAUCACCUUUCGACCAUCUCACCUAUGACAGUAGCAUUUACUCCUUCCGUGGCACCUUGGUUUAGCGGGAUUCUGUCCAUAGCAUCUGUCCCACUUGCCAAACCUUUACGUGCGUCCGAGAUUUGGGACUUGUACAAACACAGGUAUGAGCACGAGAAGCUGGUUAGAAUCAAGGAGCCCACUGAGGGCGUUGUCGAACUCGGAGAUGUGGAGAACAACCACGGUUGGGUAAUCGGCGGCGUUCAAGUAGGAAGCUCAGGGAGCCGAGUAGUGGUCACCGGUGGACUCGAUAACCUGUUGAAAGGCGCUGCAACUCAGUGCUUACAGAACUUGAACUUGGCUCUUGGGUACGAUGAGCACGCGGGGAUUCCUCUUUAG